ACAUCAGCGAACCGUUGAGAGGAUCUUUGGGCGUUCCUGUGCGACCACAAGUCCCUCCAAGCAUUCUCAGAAUCCCUUCAUACGUACUGCAAAUCUUCAAACUCCACACGGCUAAUUCAUGGAGGAUAUCGGCGUCAUUCACCUCGAUAGCGGCCGCUUGUUCAAAAUCCGGCUGAGCGAGUUGGAGCGAUGGCUUCCAAAAAUUCACCAUCUGGUCCAUUUCAAUAGAUUUGACGCCCGUGGCCUGGUUAGACAGAUGACCGGUAUUUUCGAUGGCCAGGUAUACCGUACCAUUACAGCUGAAACGAUCAUAACAGUUUUGGACGACUUUAUGACACAGCUAGAAUUGAACCCUCUUUUCGCCCCUCCUAUUGGAAAGACUCUGCAGAGAAGCAUCGAACUUCGUCUUAGGAAGGACUUAAGUGUCGCAAAUACCGCAGGUCUUCGGCGUAGCAGAGAGCACUUUAUGGUUUUUUGCCUCUUAGCGCGACUUAGCCGAUCGCAAGCUCUAGCGGAAUCUAUGGCAAGUUUCCUCUGCUGUUUUGUUUGGGAGGUCGUUCACGGUGAAGAACCCGAGCUGUUCAGAGAGUGGUGCAUGGGCAUCGUUGAAUUGCGAGACUUGAUACCCCACCAGAUCCUCGAGGGGCUGUUGCGCUGCUUCUUUGGAUUCGUCGAUCGAGCAUACGAGCCCAGGCUGCUGCCUGCGUACUACGACCGACACGCAAAGACUAUAAUGAGAUACAUGUUGCAAGCGCAACACCACUCGCUGCUCAACCAUCCACGAAGAAGGGCACCGCUGAUACUCGAAGAUCCAGCUGGAUACUUGCGGGAUCGGCUUUUGUGUGUUGGUCGUCCCCGGCAGCAUUAUCGUUAUCAUCGCCAACUUCAACUCACAUACCCAUGGGCUCAGCCAAACGGACGCUUCGAUGAGGUCGAGAAAAUGCAGUAUCAGCAAGAGGAGAUGAACAUGAGGAUUGACCACAUAGACCGAAAGCUCGAUUACUUGAUCUGAAUUUGGAGCUUCGAAAGAAUUGGGACUUCAUGUCGUCGUCAUUGUGCGCCAAUCGUAUGUAUACUGCUGUGUCUGAUUCCCUGGUUGAGUUAUGCCAGGGUAUCUUUGUUGGUGGCUGGAGCGGUUAGCCAGACUCAACGUGACGUGAGCGUCUGUAGAA